AUGGCGGAAGUGCUGUUGCCUACCCUCACCACCUGGGGUCUGGGGCUGUCUCAUUACGAAGUCCAGGAUCCAGUUGCAGAGGGAGGUUAUCAGUCCCAGGAUCCCCAGCUUGCUAUGGAUUGGAGUCAGAUGUUGCAGUUCUUGCUCUUCUCACUCCUCUGUCUCAUUGGCAGCUCCAAGGCAGUAGGAGAGCUCUGUGUGGACAAAGGACGAGAGACUGAGCGGGUCUUUUCAGUUUCCGGUGAUGCUGCCAUGUUGACGUCCACCCUGGUGGACCUCAACAUGUUUGACAACCGCAGCAUCCCCUAUAACAUCUCAUGGUAUGACCCAAGGACUGGGACAGAGCUGACCAGGGAGACAGGAAAGACUCUGGUGCGGGGGAAGACACUCUGGAUUUUUAACAUCACGAUGGAGGAUGCUGGAGACUAUGUGUGUGUUGUGAGACUACCCUCCAGGUGCUACAAGAAGGUUGCCUUACUGAUUGUGAACCACACCAACCCAGAAGAAUGCAGUCGACCAGAAAUGGCAGAACAGGUCCUGACCAAAACAGCCAACUCUUUCCUGAACUGCCCAUUGAGUGACCAUAUCAGGGAAGUGGACAAUUACUCCAUCCAGUGGUACAAGGGCUGUGAACCCAUUGUGGAAGAUGAUCCCUUGUGGAACAGGUUUAGCUAUGUCAGUCACAAUGUUUUACUCCAAGUAAAACUGGUCACCCUUGAGGAUCGUGCGUUCUACACCUGCACCAUGACCUUUAACUUGGAAGGGCUCAGCGGCAGGAUCUCAGAGACCAUCAACGGUAUGGUCGACGAGGAGUAUUGCCUGGAGCCCAAAGUGGUUGAACCUGCCAAUGAGAUCAUCAAAGCAGAUUUGGGUUCUUCCUUCAGUAAGAUGUGUCGGGUGUUUGUCCUGAGUGUGGGGAAAAAACAUUGUGCAAAUUUGAAUUGGAUUUCUAGAGAAUUUGUCUCAGAGCGCGUCUUUCAGGAAUCACAAAGGGAGUGGAGAGAAGAGAAUGGUGUAUGGUUGGAGCUUAAUUUGACUUUCUUGAUGGUGCAAGAGGAGGACUUUUACAUUAGCUACACGUGUAAGGUUUCCAGCGACAGAGGCAGUCCUUCAGCCUCCUUCACACUACAGCCUACAGAUCCAAACAACCUGCUCCCUAUUGGGGUACUACUGACUAGUCUGGGAUUGGUGUUUACUGUUAGUGUUGUUAUUUACCAUCGUUUUAAGAUUGACAUUGUGCUGUCGCUAAGGAGGGUGUUCCCGCUUCUCUACACAAACACAGACUCUGAUGGGAAGCUGUAUGAUGCGUACGUGGCGUACCCCCGUCUGUUUGGGGAUGGGGAUGGGGGCAGGGCCUGUGGGGAGGCAGAGAUGUUUGCCCUCCACACGUUGCCCCAGGUUCUGGAGGGGAGGUAUGGCUAUAGGCUCUUCCUACUGGGCCGGGACAGCCUCCCAGGGGAAGCCGUAGUAGAUGCUGUGGAGGAGAGCAUGCUGGCCAGUCGGCGUCUCCUCCUGGUCUACUCUGGCUCUACGUUCUGCAGUGGCCACAGUGACAGCAGCAGCGGUGUCCUGGAGAACUGGCAGAGCUUCGAGAGGCAGACGGCCAUGCACCGUGCCCUGCUGGAGGGCUCCCUUAAGGUGGUCCUGGUGGAGCUGGAGGAGGUCACCCCUACACAGCUGGCCCUCUUCCCUGAGUCGGUGCGCCACCUCCGGGAGCGCCAGGGCGCCAUCUGCUGGUGGAAGAGUAGCAGGACAAGGAGGACCAAAGGGUUGAGGUGUGGGAGGUGGAGAAAAGAGGAGGUGGAGGAGAAGAGACGGGAGCUGGCUUCGCCCCCUCUCUCCUCACCCUCUCUUUUCUUGUCCUCAUGCUUCUGGAAGGAGCUGAGGUAUUAUAUGCCCGUGAGGGGCAUGAGGACGAGGUGCCCAGAGAAGAACAGCCUGUUGAACUUGUGAUGGGAUU